AUGGCAGCCGAGCUAAAGUACCUGUCAGGAUUUGACAAUGAAUUUGCAACUGAAGAUCCAAGAUGUCCUGGUGCCUUGCCAGAGGGACAGAACAACCCACAAAAAUGCCCAUAUGGAUUAUAUGCAGAGCAACUUUCAGGAUCAGCAUUCACAGCCUUGAGACAUGAAAAUAAAAGAACAUGGCUUUACCGAAUCCGACCCUCUGUUGUUCAUACACCAUUCAAAAAAAUUGAUAAAGGUCUUAUUACUCAUGACUGGGAUUCAGUAGAACCAAAUCCAAACCAGUUGAGGUGGAAUCCAUUUGAUUUUCCCAAGGGAAAACAGGAUUUUGUUGAGGGUUUAGCCACAAUUUGUGGAGCCGGAGAUCCCAAGACAAGAAGUGGUAUUGCAAUUUAUAUUUACACUUGCAACACAUCAAUGCAAAACAAGUGUUUGUACAAUUCUGAUGGUGAUUUUUUGAUUGUGCCUCAGCAAGGAGCUUUAUUCAUCACAACAGAGAUGGGACGGAUGAAUGUGGAACCAAAUGAAAUCUGUGUUAUUCAGAGAGGUAUUCGUUUCAGUGUAGAUGUCACAGGUGAUACCCGUGGUUACAUUUUGGAGGUUUUUAGUGACCAUUUUCAACUGCCAACAUUGGGACCUAUAGGUGCAAAUGGUCUGGCCAAUCCUAGAGAUUUUCUAACACCUGUGGCUUGGUACGAGGAUCGAGAUGUUGGUUUCACUGUGAUAAGCAAAUAUCAUGGCCAUUUGUUUUCUGCAACUCAGGGACAUUCAGCCUUUGACGUUGUGGCUUGGCAUGGAAACUACGCACCGUACAAAUAUGACCUCAGUAAAUUCAUGGUCAUUAACUGUGUUGCCUUUGAUCAUGCUGAUCCAUCCAUAUUCACUGUCUUGACAUGUCCCUCCCUAAAGCCGGGUGUGGCCACAGCUGAUUUUGUCAUCUUCCCACCACGCUGGUCUGUACAAGAGCAUACAUUUAGACCGCCCUACUAUCACAGAAAUUGUAUGAGUGAAUUCAUGGGACUUAUCUAUGGAAACUACGAGGCAAAGGAAGAAGGAUUCCAACCUGGUGGAGCCAGCUUGCAUAGUAUUAUGACACCACAUGGUCCAGAUUAUGAAUGCUUUGAGAAGGCUUCCAAUGCCGAACUAAAACCAAUGAAAAUUGCUGAAGGAACUAUGGCCUUCAUGUUUGAAUCUUCGCUAAGUAUGGCAGUAACAGAUUGGGCAAAUACGACUAAAGUUGAUGCCAACUACUUCCAGUGCUGGCAGCCCCUGAAGAAGCAUUUCACUCCCAGAUCUGGCGCAUCAGAGUUGUGCAAAAAGGACAAAGGGAAACAAUUCUAA